AUCAACUGAAACCCUAAUCAUAUAAGAUAGUUUUUUUUGCCAUAUACAAUCCUUUUCUUUGAGAGUUGGUGCUGCUGGGGAAAGCUUUCACUGUAUAACUGCUCCGAAAGAAAAGGGAAAAAAAAGAAGAGAAAGAUUCUUGCUUAACCAUGGCGGACAAGGCAGUGACUAUUAGGACCAGGAAGUUCAUGACCAACAGGCUACUUUCCAGGAAACAAUUUAUCAUUGAUGUUUUGCAUCCUGGGAGGCCCAAUGUUUCCAAGGCUGAACUAAAGGAGAAGCUUGCUAGAAUGUACGAGGUUAAGGACCCCAAUUCAAUUUUUGUGUUCAAGUUCAGAACCCAUUUUGGAGGUGGUAAAUCUACCGGAUUUGGUUUGAUAUAUGAUUCUGUUGAGAAUGCAAAGAAGUACGAGCCCAAGUAUAGGCUAAUCAGGAACGGACUCGAUUCCAAGGUAGAGAAAUCGAGAAAGCAAAUGAAGGAAAGGAAGAACCGGGCUAAGAAGAUCCGAGGAGUAAAAAAGACCAAGGCCAGUGAAGCAGCAAAGAAGAAGUGAGAUAAAAGGAUUUGAAAAAGAAGAGGUGAAGCUGAUGCUGUAACUUAGAGACAAUGUUUUCCAACACGAGUGUCCAGGUGUUCUUCAAUCUGUUUUGUUUUUGAAAAAAAAAAAAAAAAACUGGAUUUUGGUGUCAUCUGAUGUUUAAUAUUAUUUAUGCAGCAGAUUUUGAUAUAUUUAGUGAGUGUAAUACUUUGUUAUUUCCAUUGAAGUUCCCUUCCUUUAUUUUGCCA